AUGGCUGAUGAAGGAGGUCCAUCAAGAAAACGUCCAGCAGAGCAGCAUAUUGGUGAAGUUGAACAACGAAGAACGAGACUAGACCAGUCAGACAGAAAUGAAAUUGAAACAUCUACCACUGUGACGCAGAAUCAAUCUCUGGAGCUUCCAUCGUCGGUGUCUUCAUCUCAAGCUUCAGCAUCCACCUCAUUUGGUGAAUCUGAGGACUUCUCUGUUGUAUUCCUUCUCAGUGACAAAGAAGGAGAGACGGCCACUGUGUUCCAGAUUAGCGAAGAUCUAACGAAUGAAGAUGGGAACAUUCAAUGUAAUCGGAUUGCAUAUCCUGCCAACGAUAGAAACGGUCGGGAGGCACAAUUCAUCACUGAUUUCAAACAUUAUGUUGAGACUGCCACGGUGAUUGUGCCGUGUUUGUCUCCGUGGUUUGAGGCUUCUUCUAUGGCUCUGCUUGCACUAGAUCACGCAUUAGAAAUGCGCAAAUCUGUGGUCCCUGUAAUCUUAGAUCGUGGGAUUCGAAAGGCUUGGUCUAGACUCGCGGGGAUGAAGUAUGUGGAUUUUUCAGGUGACCGUAAUCAUUAUACCUCAAAGAUCACCGAACUGGCUCAGGACAUUCGAAGCCUUCAUCGCGGACGAGAUUCCCAGCGUCUAGAUGAGUGUAAGGAAUUUGAUGUGAUGCUGAGUUACUCAUGGGCUCAACAGCCUGUUGUCGUUCAACUUCGUGACGCUCUAAGAGCAGCUGGCUUGAAAGUCUGGGUUGAUCUUGAAGAAAUGCGUGGAAUCCUGGUUCAAAGAAUGGAUGAAGCCGUGAAGAAGUCGAAAGUCAUUAUUGUGUGUGCCUCCAAAGCCUAUGUCGAAUCGAGAAAUUGCGGUUAUGAGUUUAAUCAAGCUAUACUUUGUAGAAAGCCCAUAGUCGUGAUUCGAAUGGAAGCAGGUCCCUUUGAAAAUUUUGAGAUCCGCGCAAACGGAUGCCCGAACCUGCAUUUGAAAAUCAGAGCCCUCUCUGGACAACGAAUCAAUGAGGUUUCAGUCUAUUUGAACCCCGAUUCUCCAGCAGAGUACCAAAUCGACCAGGCAUUUUCAUCGUUGUUGGUCAAAGUAGUUAAGAAUCAUCCAGGAAGCCCUUUAUUGUACGAACGCGAACUGACGGUGCAUCAACGGGAUACUCUAUCGGUUACGCCUGUAAAUGAGCUUAUCGAAAAGCUUCGGACGCUGUUAAAGCCAGAACGAGUCACCUCUAUUAUCGAAACACUCUACUCUAAACUGCAACCGAAGGAGAGUAGUAGAGGCGAGCUCAUAGACCAAGUUAUGAAUUGGGUUGAUGCAGGGGUUGAGAGUGCUCUUGCUGUCACUGGUAUAACAGGAACAGGGAAAAGUGUCUUCGCCUCUGCAAUAUACAAGGCGGCUCACGGGCGUAGGAUACAAGACAAUCAAAUUAUUCCUAUUGCCUUCUUUUGUAGAGAAGGCAAGCAUGAAAUUAAUCGUAUGAUGGACACGAUUGCUUUCCAACUUGCUGAGUUUUCGGACACGAUUGCAACUGAAGUUUAUAGAGCAUUGACGCAAAAUCCGAAUUGGCAUCAAUUAGAUGAAUCCAAACAAUUCGAACUGCUCAUAUUGGGACCAUUGAAGAAACUGAACCUUACAUCGACAACGAUAGUUAUAAUAAUUGAUGCCUUAGAUGAAGCUGUUCCGCAGAACUCUGUUGCACGAGCUCAUUUACUGGAAGUGCUGAAAUCCGAAUUUUUCCAGCUGUCGAAACACAUGAAGCUCAUAGUCACUAGUAGAACAGAAGAAGAUAUCAACUACACCCUCCAAGAUGUUGAGACAUACCGAAUUUGCCUUACAACAGGCGACAGGAGAGACAUUGAGAGCUAUAUCCGAUAUAAAGUGAAAAGCCUAGCCUUUACACUCGAAGAUGUGAGUGUGAAGAGGGUCACGACGGUGCUCACAGAGAGAUCCAAAGGUGUCUUUCUAUGGGCUGCAAUGAUCUGUGAACUAAUAGUGGCUCCCAUGACGUCCGCAAAUAAAGCUUCACAUAGGUACAUUGAGGGUAUUAGCGAUGGUCUAGUGUUAGCCAAUGAGACGAUAGUUAUGGAUCCCAUGUAUGAACGUAUUCUCUGUGGAGCAUGUGUUAAACUCCAGGACGCAAAUCCUGGAUCCGAAUGGCUAUUGAGCUUCCAUUAUGUAGUCGGUAAUCUUCUUGUCUUGAAUGAAGAGAUGUCUGUGGAUGAUAUGGCAGCCUUGUGGGCGGAUUGUGAUGUUGAUACUGAUUCGAGGAAAACCUUGAAUCGCAUGAAACAAAUUAUUCGAGAAGUCCUACGUCGCUUAGCUUCUCUAUUUGAAAUGAUUGAUGACAAGAUUUGUAUAAUCCACCACUCGCUAUUAGAGUAUCUCACUGACACUGAACGGUGUACAACUCGCCAAUUCCUUAUAAACGUUGAGCAGUCCCAUAAGAAUCUUGCCUUUCGAACUCUCAGGACAUUAAACAAUAACAUUAUCGAUGAUCCAGACACAGUCCUUAUAGGACUCAACCUCCCAACCAAUCAGCAAUCUCACAUCCGUUAUGCUUGCCAGAACUGGUUUGAUCAUCUCGAGAAAGCAGGUACAAUAGACGAACCCAUAAUUACUGAGCUUAGGGCAUUUUGUGAGUGGUAUGGAUCAGCUGCUCUUGUACAACAAGUCCAACGUGGUUCGGAUAAGAUUGUCAAAUUACUGUUACGUUAUGGUAGAGGACCGGAGUUGCUACGAAGGACUGACGAUGCCGAAACAAGAUACCUUCCAUCGCCUCUUUUAUACGAGGCUGCAAAAGCUGGGCAUGAUCAAGUGUGUGAGGCCUUGCUGCAAUAUGGUGGUGCCGAUGUAAACUGUAGAGGAUUCUCGUAUGGUGAUAACCUCCAGGAAGGAGAACGUCACCGCCCGGCGUUAAUUAUCGCCUCUAUGAACAAACACACUAAGGUUGUAAAGGUCUUACUGGACGGCGGAGCGGAUAAAACGUUGGGUGAUGCCCAUGAUGAUGAUGUCAAAAGUUUCGUUCCUACGAAAGCUAUCGCAGAACUUGUUGGAUAUACAGGCGGAGCCUUCUUCGUGGAGUUGGGAGAAAACCUGGACCCAAUUCAUCGAGCCGCAUCUAAUGGCGAACUUGGGAAUGUUACUCGGAUUCUUGAUGAUGAUCCGAUGCUUGUGAAUCGGCCGACUACUAGUCAUAUAUCUGCUAGAGGGAGGUCUCCUUUGUUUUACGCUGUCUCGAGAGGAUAUUUUGAUGUUGCAAAUCUGCUCGUGAGACGGGGUGCUAAAAUAGACGCCAAAGAUUUUAGUGGUUGCACUGCCCUUCACCUUGCUGCCGCCGGUGGAUUUCACAGGAUUGUCAAUCUCCUCCUUGAGCAUAGCAGAAUCCCACUCGUAAAUAUACAGGACAAUGAAUUGAUAACCCCACUGCACCGAGCUUGUGAAAAUGGGCGAUAUAACGUUGCAGCUCUCCUCAUCCAUCAUGGCUCGGUGGUUGACAUUCCUGAUGCUGAUGGUCGAACUCCUCUCCAAUAUGCUGCUACUCAUGGACAUUCCGAUAUUGCCACACUUCUUACACAACAGUGUUGGAAUGUCUUAGUGCCUUCGCCUACCGGAAGAAAGGAGACUCCUCUCCAUUCUGCAGCUCAGAAAGGACAGCUGUCCGUUGCACAAUACCUUGUUUCGCAGGGUGCAAUAGUAGAUGCGAUUGAUAUGCAAGGACGUACCCCUCUUCACCUGGCUGCUCAAGAAGGUCACCACGAAUUGGUAAAUUUCUUGAUAGCAGUUAAUGCAGAAAAAGAUGCCGAAUGUGAUAAAGGCUUCACCCCUCUUAACAUGGCCAGUUUGAACGGCCAUAUCCUUGUAGUAGAGUGUCUCAUCAAUCGCGAUGCCGUGGUUGAUAAAGCCACCGUGGAAGGGCAAACGCCAUUUUACUCUUCAAUUGGUGAAAUGUCUCAUAUAGAUGUUGCUACAACUUUAUUGAGCUAUGGCGCUGAUAUUAAAGUUGUUUUGAAUAAGCAUGCUUCACCACCGGAACGACAAGGAUUUACGCCACUCCAUCGAGCAUGUCAAAUGGGUUUACCUGAAUCUGUGACCUUCUUGCUGGAUAAUGAUCUUCAAAAUAUAAAGGCAGUAGACGUACUAGGAAGGACUUGUCUGCAUGUUCUUUGUGAGGUGACUGAAUUGGAGACGGGUCAUUGGGCUGUACUCGGUAAACUUUUGGAGGAGCUUGCCCUUGAAACAGACGGUCGAGACAGUAAUGGACGCACUGCCGCUGAUAUUCUACGUGCUCACAUAGGUGGAUAUCGGUUUUCGCAGAUUCAGUGGGGAGACGAUUGUCCCGCAUUGAAGAGCCUCAUGAAAGAUUGUUUAAUUCCAAUUUUAAGACCAAAGUUGUUAGACAUCAUUGAUAAAUGGGCUGAGUCUUCAGGCGUCGAAUCAGAACUCCGUGACUUGGACAGGGUAGGACUGCUACGUGACCUAUUGCUUGAUGGACACCUCAUGAAUGAAUUAAUUAAUCACCAUAACCCUGCUACAUGGGAAGAUCAAGAUCUUCGGCAAAAAGUGUCUAACAUUCGCAGAGAACUGAAUGGGCUUGGACCGUGGGGCCAAUGA